GUUCCAUCACUAACUGAUAGAAAAUUUCGCCAUGAAACCACGAACCAAUGAAAGUGAAGAAGAAAGUGGAAAAUUGGGAGAGGGAAGCAGCACAUCGCAGGGGCAGAGAGUCGACGCAGUUGAAUCUCGAUCCUCGUCGGUUAUUGUUCGCGGCAGGGAUGGCAGCGCUUUCGUCAAAUGCCAAGACUGCAAAGAGGACGUUCCUGUUGGACUUGUCAGCAUGCAUGGUUGCAGCGACGAAGCCAAAACUAAAAUGAAUCUCGAGACACAACUUGUGGGACGGCCUUAUGAAGCUAAGAGACCAGUGAGGAAGAAGACAAGAUCUGAUGUACCAAAGGCUAAAAGGGCCAAAGUUGAGAAGACGAAGAAGGUGAAAGAUCCACACGUGCCAAAGAAGCCUCCAUUAGCAUCCUUCUUUCUCUUCAUGGAUGAUUUUGAGAAAUCUUUUAAGGAGGCAAAUCCUGAUUCAAAGGAUGGUAACAGGGUUUUUAAAGAGGCUCGUGCCAAAUGGAGGUCCAUGACUGCUGAAGAGAAGAAGCCUUAUUCUGAUAAACUUGCUGAACUUAAAGCAGAAUAUGAGAAGGCUAUGGAAAUUUACAAUGCUGCUGAAGCAGAAGGAGAAGAGGGAGAAGGUGAAGGAGAGCAUGAAGAGGGGACUGAUGAACAAUCUGAUAAAGAAGAAGCUGCUGCAGGUGAAGAGGAGGCUGAUGAACAAUCUGAUAAAGAAGAAGCUGCUGCAGGUGAAGAGGGGGAUGAUGAACAAUCUGAUAAAGAAGAAGCUGCUGCAGGUGAAGAGGGGGCUGAUGAACAAUCUGAUAAAGAAGAAGCUGCUGCAGGUGAAGAGGAGGAGCUGAAUGAUGAGGACUAAACUGGUUGCUAUGUACAAGAGCUUCUUAACUGUUACUAGUGUAGUCUUGUAAAUUCUUGCAUGCACUUUACUUGGGGUUUUAUCAUUUAGGUGUUAAUACUGUUCAAAUGCCUUUGAAGUUGCACUGCAACAUCUUUUUGUAUUGUUCUCUUGGAAUAUUCUUCAA